AUGCCAAAGAAACAUUAGAAAAAGGAAUAGGCAGGCUGCUCUUUUAGCAGUAAUAAUAAAAGAACAAUAAUAGUAGAAACAACACUCCAAAUAAAUCUGUAAUAAAAGCUAAACAGAGCAGUAAUAAAUUAGCUCCACAAGUUUUAUAGAUAAAUACUCAGGAUAAACAAUAAAUACUUAGUUCGCCAAGCUUAAAUUAAGAAAUAGUAAGAACUUAAAUAGAAAACGAAGAAAACGGAAGGACAAUAACCUUAGAAGUUGAUCAAUAAUCUAUUGAGUAGUUCAAUAAUUUUGAAAACUAAGAAAAAAAUAGUUAGCAUGAAUCCAAUUUAAAAGUAAAUAUUAAAGCAAAUAACGAUAAAAAUAUUAUAACAACAACAGAAGUUUUAAGUGACAACUAGCAAUAAAGAUCAAGUGAUGAUAUUAAAGUCAGUCCAAGAAGAAAAGAUAGUAAAGACUUAUAUCAAUAAUCUCCAAAUAAAAAAAUAAUAUAAAAUGAUAAAGCUAUAUAAAAAGCAAAUCAAUAAUAAUAAACUCCACACUCAGAAGAUAAUCUAUUCGAGGAUGAAGAUUUUGGAGAGUUUCAAGAAGAAAAAUUUCAAGAUUAGGAAUAAAUACAACUUAAAGACAAUUAAAUAAGCCAAAAAGAAGAAAAUUAAUAUGAAGAUGAUGAAUUUGAUGACUUUGAGGAUUCCAGUCCUACAAAAUCUUCUGAAAAUUAUAAAAAUAAAGAUAUAGAUAUAGUUGUAAAAGAAUAGCCAACAGCAUUUAAAAAUCAUGAAAGUUAAAACUAAGCUAAUUUAAUAAAUUAAUAAAAAUAAGCAGAUGAUUUAAACUCAAAUGUUUUUAAUAUUUUAGAUUGCCAUCCUAGCUAUAUCAAUAAUUAGUUUAAAAGUAUAGCAUCAGCGGUUGUAGAUAAAAUCUAAACAAAUUUUGACUACUACUAAAAUUUCUAAAUUAAAGAUGUUAACAAAUCUAAAACUUAAAAUGAAAAACAAUUCCUUGAAUAUGAAAAAAGAUUUAAUUCAUACUUAAGUUAAGUUUUUAGAGAGCCAGGGCUUUAAGCAUUUUGUUUACAACAUGAAAAUGUAGUUGGCAGCAAUAAAAGAAUUCACAAAAUUGAUGAUAUAAAUGGACUUAAUGAUGAAAUUAGACUCGAAUACAUAGGAAUUAGUGAAGAACUUACUAAAUUUUGGGAAAAAAGCAAAUAAAAAUCCAACCUUUUAGAACUAUGUGGAGUUGAUGAUGAAGAGUCAGCAAUUUAAUAAGACUAAGUCUAUUAUCAAAUCCAAGAAAAGAAGCUUAAUCACAUAAUAAAUAACCAAACAGUAAUAAAAUCUAAAAAAUAAUGAAAUAAAAACAAAACUAAAAAUAAUUUUUUCAACAACUAUAAAAAAUAAAAUAAAAAAAACAUAAUAAAUAAAAUUUAUACAUUUUAAUAAUCAAACAAAAUACUUUCUUUAGAUAUAAAUAGACUUUAAAAUUUUCUAUAUUCAAUAAAUUAUUUAAAAAAUAACCAAAAUAUAAAUAAAUAUUUAUAUACAUACAUAAUGA